AUGAGUCUGCGAGUUGACAAAACGCCUGACUGGCUUGAGAGCUAUGCGACCAGCCACCAUGACUGGCAGCAGACCGUUCAAAAUGGUGAGGUCAUCCAUUACCGUCGAAUUGGAGUCGUUGAAGGACUGUUCAACACCGAUGGAAUUGAUUAUGAAGGACGAGCAGAUUUGACUUUCAACCUUCAAGUCGAAUUGAAGACAUCUCUCAAUGUAGAAGCUCUGCGUGAACGAUUCGUGCAAGCGUGGGCCGUUUUGAGGCAACGGCACGUUCUUCUGUCAGCUCGUGUCGCACAAGUCAAAGAGCUGCUGCCAUUUGUCACUGGGCACGAGGCGGAAGAAUGGAUCUAUGUGUUCAAGCCAUGCGCAAGUCCACGAGAUGCAUACUUGGAAGCGCAAAAGCACCUCGUUCAGGUUGAAGACCAAUACUCCACAGUCAGAAACGACGAGUUUUUCACUCACACGUUGAAUUGCUCUCGUUGCCUUGAUCCUUUCGUAUCACUGAGCAGGUUCUAUGUCAUGCCACUGAUUUCGAAAGGCAAUGGUGUCUAUGAUGCGUCAUUCAUGAUGACAGCCGGCCAUGAGAUUGUGGAUGGGUUGACUUCUAUGAGAUGGAUGUCUUCACUCAUCCAUAUCCUCAAUGAGUCUCCAGAGCAGUUGAGACUGAACUUGAAAGAUCUUUGUCAGACUUCAGCGGUUCCUCGAUUACCACCAGCACAGGAGUCACUUUAUCCGUCAAUGGGUAGCAGCCCAGCAAGAAAAAGGUGGUCUUGGUUGAUUUCUCGUAUCCUUCGUCACAAGAAAAAAUUACCACCAGCUUCAUUUCAAAAUCCACUGCGAAGGAGGAUACCGUUAGCCAAGGCACAGUCUUUGCCUCCAAAGUUCUCCAAAAUUCUCGACUAUUCUCGACUGCCGCCUCUGAACACGUAUACUGUUCGGCCGACUUUGAGUGCGGCUUCUUCACAAAGGUUGGCGAAAUUAUGUCGGGAAGCACGAAUAAGCAUAGGGAGUGGUUGCUUUGCUUUGGUAGCCUUGGUCAUGAUGUUAUUCGAGGAGAGAUGUAAUCCGAACAUUCCAGCAAACGAACGCUUGCCCUUUGUCGGAUCAUUUCCAGUCAAUCCCAGACCACUCCUGGACGGAACCCCAACUACGGGGAAAGAGGAUAACUUGAUGUUAGCGUUCAGCGAAGGCAUUGCCCUCCGAUUUCUCGCAAGCGAAUUAGACUUUGAAGGGAGAUUUCGACUGCUCGGCAAACAAGCUCAUCGACAAUUACGCCAAUACCAGAAGCGUCCUCGGAAUGUUCACGCAAAAGCUGUUUUGGGAUCUAGCAGCCCUGAACAGCUAUUACCGAUCAUGUACUUGGUAACGAUGGAGCGCCUUGAGAGCAAAAGCUUAGAGACACGGAAGCGAGGCUGGAAUAUCCAGGGAGAGUAUCCUGCUAGAACGAACUCAACACUUGCCACCUGUGGUGUCAGCUCUGUCGGGCCACGAGGUUCCAUCAUAGCAUCAGGGAAAUUCAACACAAGCGAGUUGGCGGAAGGACAAGAAUUGGCGGUCGACUUCCGUGAGUUAUACACGACUGUUCGGGCAAGGGAUGGCGAGUUCUUGGUCGGAGCGGUGGGUGACAAUGGGAUACUCAAAUUCGGAGUCAGCUAUGAUGGGUGCGCCAUCGAUCCUGCCCUAGCCGAAGAGUGGAAGCAGGUGAUGGAGACCAUCAUGGAGCCCAAACAACCGUCAUCCAUGUCGAGAUUGUAG